AUGAAUUCAACAUUACAAUCUUAUUCAAUGACAAUGUCAUCUACAGCCAUCAUAAUCAAUAGAAUAUCACGUUGGCUCAAUUAUUUAUUUGCUAUACCAAUGAUUAUCUUAGGUAUUAUUGGAGCAAUAUUAACCAUUAUUGUCUUUACUAGAAAACGUUCAUUUCGUUGUAAUCCAACAAUAAUUUAUUUAUUAGCAGGUGCAAUUAUGACAGCUAUACAUCUACCAACUAUUUAUUUACAAAGUAUACUUGUAGAUGGUUUUGGUUUAGGUAUAUUUAAUACAAAUGAUAUAGCUUGUCGAGAACAUAAUUAUUUACUCUAUGUUACAACAGUACCAACAAUAUCAUUUCCAUGUUGGGCUGCAUUUGAUCAAUAUGCAAGUACAUAUUAUGAAGUAAAUUUUCGAAAUCAUUGGAGUUCAAUACGAAUAGUUCGUUUAGCUAUUUUUUUUACAAUUAUUAUUUAUAUACCAAUAAUUUUAAUUAGUAAUAGUAUUAAUAAUGUUUGUAUAUUAAUUGAUAGUCCAAUUAAAAAAUUUUAUAAUUAUUUUUUAACACCAAUAGUUUAUACAAUUGGUCCACUUAUAUUAAUAAUAAUAUUUACAUUGGGUACUAUUAGAAAUCUUCGUUUUAUGAAUUUUGUUCAUCGUCGUACUCGUUUAACAAAACAAAUUCGUCGUAUGCUUAUUCCUCAACUUUUUGUUUUAGCUAUAUCAGGAAUACCAUUUGGUAUUCAAAAUAUUUAUGAUGAUUUAACUAGUAAAAUAGAAAAAGAUAUUCUUCGAUUAUCUAUUGAACAUUUAUUUAUUCAAAUUAUUCGUCUAUUUUAUCAUUGUAAUUUUGUAUGUACAUUUUAUAUUUAUUUUUAUAUGUCAAGUGUUGUAAGAAAAGUUUUAAGAGAAUUAUUAUUUAAACAUAUUCGACAAAAUCAUAUAUUAC